CCCUCUCGCUUAAUAGCCAGUCUCAUCUUAGCUUCAUAUACAUGGCGGCAAAGAUGGCGAAGAACGUGGACAGGCCGCUCUUCACCGCGACGUUUAACGUCCAGAGCAGCUCUGCCGACUACGUCACCUUCAUCACUGGCCUCCGCAACAAGCUCAGCAACCCCGACCACUUCUUCCACAACCGCCCCGUGCUGCCGCCGAUCGAGCCCAAGGUCCCGCCGAGCCGAUGGUUCCACAUCGUGCUCAAGACAUCGCCGGCCAGCACCGGGCUCACGCUCGCCACCCGCGCCGACAACCUCUACUGGGAGGGCUUCAAGAGCAGCGAUGGAACCUGGUGGGAGCUCAUCCCCGGCGCCACCUAUGCAGGGCCGGCCCUGAGGGGGGGGGGGGCCUGCACCUAUGUCGGGUUCGGCGGCACCUACCGCGACCUCCUCGGUGACACCGACAAGCUGACCAACGUCGCUCUCGGCCGGCAGCAGAUGGCCGACGCAGUGACCGCGCUCCACGGGCGCACCAAGGCUGACAAGACCUCCGGCCCGAAGCAGCAGCAUGCGAGGGAGGCGGUGACGACGCUGCUCCUCAUGGUACACGAGGCCACGCGGCUCCAGACCGUGUCGGGGUUCAUGGCCAGCCUGCUGCACCCCAAGGCGGUAGAGAAGAAGAGCGGGAAGAUCUCCAAUGAGCUAAAGGCCCAGGUGAACGGGUGGCAGGACCUGUCCGAAGCGCUGCUGAAGACGGACGCGAAGCCCCUGCCGGGGAAGUCGCCAGCGAAGUUCACGCCGAUCGAGAAGAUGGGCGUGAGGACGGCGGAGCAGGCGGCCGCCACGUUGGGGAUCCUGCUGUUCGUCCAGGUGCCGGGUGGGAUGACGGCGGCCCGGGCGUUGAAGCUGUUUCAUGCGAGUGGGGGGAAAUAGAUAGUUAUGCAGGUAUAUCUGCAUGAGUAUUGUAUAAGUCGAAUAAACAUGUCACGGAGUGACUGAAUGAUAUAAAUAAAUAAAUAUGUCACAGAGUGACUGAAUGAUAUAAA